AUGAGAGUACCGCCGCUCUCGGUCAAACUCUCAUGGCCCACGCCAAAUUACACCAAUCCUGAGCUGCGCGGCGAUGGGCUUUACAUCACAUUGAUUACCUUUUCGAUCCUGGUCUUCAUUGCGGUCGUGGUGCGAUUAUGCUCGCGAAUAUUCAUCAAACGCUUCUUCGGCUGGGACGAUGGCUUGAUAAUACCGGCAGCAAUAUUUACUUUAUCCACCAAUGCUGUCGUCAUUCUAGCACAAAGUCGAUACGGCUGGGAUCGGCACGAAUGGGACUUGCGUCCUGAUAUGAUCCAACCCACGAACAUCAGUGCCUAUGUGGCCAAGAUGACCUUCAUGCUGGGGUCGAUGUUUUGUCGUCUCUCCCUGAUUUGCUUCUAUUACCGCCUGGUCCGGGAUAGCUCGCUCAAGUGGUUUCAAUAUAUCCUUCACGCCAGCUUGGCAUUCAACGUCGUGAUUGGACUUGCAUUCGUCUGUCUGAGCUGCUUUGGUUGCACGCCGAUCAAGGCAUAUUGGACCUAUCCUCGAAUGCGUGAUGGUCGGUGCAUUGACGAGAGCAUCGAGGUCAUAUCGAUGGGCGUUGUGUUCACUACAGCAGACUUUCUGACCACCAUCACUCCGAUCCCACUCGUCAUGAGCCUGCAGAUGCCUACCAAAGAUCGAGUAUGGGCAUGCCUGCUGUUGAGCUUGGGCUUCGUCGUCACGGUGGCUGGCUGUAUACGCACAUACUUCGUCUGGCGGUCCAUGUUUGCCUCCUGGGACCAAACGUGGGAGGGUUACUUUAUGUGGAUUUCUGCCGCCGUGGAGUUGGACAUUGCUGUCCUGUGCGCUUGUGCACCCGCCCUGAACUCUUUGCUCUGUGAGCAGCUAAGCAAGAUCCCGAGUCAGUUGAAAUCCGGCUUGAGCUCAAUUGGCCUCUUGAGCUCUGCGAGACGAUCGGGCUCCUUCCCCAGCUUCUUUUCCGACUCUGAACGGCCAUCGCGAUCUCGCUUCUUUACACGCCGGCAUGGAGAUGUCGAGACGGCAGAAUCAAAAAUCUCUGAAGACGACGCGGACGUAAAAUCACAACAGGGCUAUCACGCCCGGGAGUACACGACGGUUAUUCCGAACGAUCCCCAGGCAGAUCAUCACUCUGUUACUGGUGCUGCUGCGUCACCGCCGAAGCUCCAGAUCAUUAUGAGACAGUCCAUCAAUCAAGUAAGAACGACAGAUGUCAUGCCGUCACCAGGCUUCUCAAUAUUCAACCCGCGCAGUCCGAGUGAGCGAUCGUGGCGAUGCAAAGCAUGGGUCACGGGCGGUUUCACGAAGAAGUAAUGCAGAGACCAUACUAUGCCCUCUUCCAAGGGUUGGAAGACCAAGCCAUGAAGGGUAGCUGUUUCAGCCUGUAGAAUAGCUUUCACGAACACUUUGGGCUUGCUCGAUUACAUGUAGAACCAUCAGAAAUACAUUCAAACUUUUUUCCUUCCC